GAGCUAAAGAUGCUCGUGAAAUGCGCCGUGUACGUAUUUCACCUCUCCACCGGCACAUCAUGGGAAUAGUACAGCUACAUACUGGACUUGAGAUACCUGCUAUUGAAGAACAUCUCCUGGAUUCAGCAGAGCAGAUGGACUUGUUUGAUAAAUUCUUUGAGAAGGAUGGCUCCAAGUGCUUGAUGUUGUUCUUGCAAGAUGGUGAUGCUCCUAAUCAUGAUUCUGGUCGUAUUGUUACAUUAGCUAAAGGAGCCCAAAUGCAGCGCCUCUUUGUAACUAAUGGUUUGGAGGAGGGUCUGACAGGACAAUGUAUCUUCUUCUUGAGAUGUAAAACAGAUGUGGUACUGAGUCAACGUAAUAUACAUGAGGAGAUCAGCUAUGGUUUUCUAGAUACCACAGGUGCUGGUAAACUGACUGUCUUACCUGGUGUCCAUCGGGUACUCAGUAAGAUCUAUAAGCCUGCUGUUCAUUCUAUGGGGGACUGGGGAGCACUAGGAGAUACACCACAUGGAAAGAAAACGCACAAGAGCUUCCUAGAUUCUUUUGAUGGUUUUAUGCUGUAUGUUGGAAGUGCACAAACCAAUGUUUCGGGUGCGAUCCAGCUACGUGACUGUGAAACUGUUGACAUUGAUGGACUGGACACUGCAUCAGAUUGUAUCUUAGCUGCAGCAAACCCUGAGAUUGUGGAUGCCUUUGACGAGCUUGUUACUUUUUGGUGUAAAGAUAUUGAACAGGUGUUGGCUGAGAGUGAGCAGAUGAGAAAGGAAGCUGACGAUACAGGACCAUUGGCUGAAUUGGAACAUUGGAGACUGUUGACUGCUCGAUUUAAUUCAAUCGUAGAUCAAAUCAAGAGCAAGAAAUGCAAGAUGGUUAUCAACGUUCUCAAUGUUGCAAAGAGUAAGGUUCUCAAGAUCUGGAAGGAGUUGGAUUGUCGCAUUACUGACGCUGCUAAUGAAGCCAGAGACAAUGUCAAAUACCUGUACACACUGGAGAAGUUCUGUGAACCACUCUAUCAUUCAGACCCAGUUGGUAUGGUAGACUGCAUACCUAGCUUGAUCAAUGCAAUCCGCAUGAUCCAUAGUAUCUCUCGCUAUUACAACACCUCAGAAAGAAUGACUUCAUUGUUCAUUAAGGUGACCAACCAGAUGGUAACAGCUUGUAAGAACUACAUCACUAAUGAUGGCAUGUUUCGCAUAUGGGAUCAACCCUAUGAAGAGCUACUCAGUAAGCUCCAUGCUGCAACCAGACUGUACAAGGAAUAUCAGAAAUGCUUCCAUAAAACCAAGAAGAAGAUUGAUGAGAUACCAGGAGCCAGAUCAUUUGACUUCUCAGAGAUGUAUAUCUUUGGGAAGUUUGAUGCUUUCUGUAAGCGCAUAGAUAAGAUUGUGGAAAUGCUGUGUACUAUUGAUACUUACAGUGUUUUGACAACUUCUCGUAUCGAGGGCAUUGAACCAAUGGCAAAUAAGUUUCAGAAUAUCUACAGUGGUGUCAAGAAGAAGCCUUAUGAUGUAUUGGAUCACCGUAAGGUUGACUUUGACAAUGAUUUUGAAGAUUUCAAGAAGAACAUCUUUGAUUUGCAGUAUGCAUUUCUAGAAUUUGUGGACAACAGUUUUGACAGAAUAACUGCUACUACUCAAUCCUUGGCCCUGCUCUCUAGAUUUGAGCGUCUUAACAUCCCUCAACUGAACAUUGAAGAUAAGUAUACAGCUAUUCUACAGCAUUAUGGCACAGAACUCGAAGGUAUCAAGAAGCUGUACAUGAAGCAUAAGGAUGAUCCACCAAUCCCUAGAGAUAUGCCUCCUGUAGCUGGGAAGAUCUCUUGGGCAAGACAGCUUUUCAGACGUAUACAAGAACCAAUGGAAAUAUUCAAGAAUAUCCAUGGCUUGUUGAAAACUCCAGAUGCACGUAAGGUAAUACGUAACUACAAUCGUAUGGCUGCUGUACUAAUUGAGUUUGAGAUACUGUACCACAGAGCAUGGAUGAAACAGGUUGAUGCAGUCAAGUCAGGCCUACAAGCAACCCUGCUCAUCCGUCAUCCAGAAACGAAGCAACUCCUUGUCAACUUUGACCCAUUGCUAUACCAGGUUAUGCGUGAAUCUGAGUGCAUGCGUAAACAUGAUUUGGAGAUACCAGAGGCUGCUCAUAUUAUAUGCCUAGGACAGGAGCAACUCAAGGAAAACUAUAAUACGCUCAAGUUAUUGCUUGACGAGAAUGCUGCAGUAAGAGAUAAGAUCCCAGUGAUUUUCCAGCCUUUGAUGAUGGCUCAUACGAGGAAGGUAGACCUAGCUAUUAUACCAGGUCUUACUCUGCUUUGCUGGACAUCACUCAACCUACAGAAUUACUUCAGGAGUAUUAGAUCUGCCACGCGAGAUCUGGACCUCAUCAUUAAGGAGGUGAAUGACAUCCGAGAGGCCAGGAUUGACUCCCUCUUAGAUGAGAUAGGUGAUACAAUGCUGUGUGAUCUACCUAGUGAUAAACCAUGGAAUGUAGACCAGUUCACCACUAAAACACAGAAACAAUGUGAAGAUGAGACAAAGGUUCUAGAUAAGUGGAGCAGUAAGAUUGAGGAUGCAGUCCUUGACCUGGUUAAUCUGUUUGUUGAGAAAGCUCAUAAAGUGACUGGUUACCAACGACCUGGAGAGGGCGGCACACAGCGUCGGCCAGACUCAGAAGAGUAUGAGCAGCAGAAGGAGAAUGAUGAUGAACACAAAGAGUCUAAGUUCAGUCUAGCUAGUACUGAGAGCUUAGAGGAAGAAGUUCAACUACAAGAAGAAUGUCAUGAACUUAUCAUGCAUUUCAGUCAACGCUUACUGGAAUCAUUACUCAAAGCUACCAGACAAUCUCUGGAUAACAUCAAGCGUAGAGUCUUCUUCUCUACUCCUAUUGGUGGAGGUAGACUCAGUUAUGGAAGUGGCUCCCAUCGUGCAGGAAAAAGACCACCAUUCUUUCAAGUCGAUGUUGCUCUUGAAAUUCCUAAUGUGGUAAUCAAGCCUAGUUUAGAUGACAUACAACAAGCAUUGAAUAAAGCUACUGGAUGUGUUUUAGAAGUGAGUCGUGGUGUAGCCCAAUGGGGUCAGAACCGUUUCCAGGUUGUAGAGUCUAGUCAAGGAGGUCAUUUCCAACCAUCACAUAUUGAUGUAUGCAAAGGAAAAUAUGCUGGUUCAGUGGUUAAGAUAGAGCAAGUACCGCCACAACAACUUAAGAAUUACUUCAAAAGUAUUGCUGAACACAAGGACAUCUUGAAACUACAAAUGAUGUUAAGCAAUGCCAUCAGCCACACCAGGCCAAAGAUUCAUGAGGCACUUAAGAUGUUUUCACAUUUCCAGUAUCUGUGGGAGGAAGACAGAAGUGAAGUUGUCAAGGCAUUUAUUGAGACACAUCCCAUUCUGUCUGAAUGGAAGGCAGAAAUCCUUCGUUAUCAAAGUCUAGAGAGACAGAUCGAAGAGUUAGAGCCAUCCCUGCAGGUUGAUGCCAUUCAACUCUUCACUGAUCCAAUUAAAUUGGCCUUGACAAUUGAGGCCCAGGCUUGGAAGAUGCUACUUGGUAAGAGUCUAAACCAAGAAUAUCGCAAGAAGAUGGAUGGUGUGUCAGACUUUGUAGCUGAGUAUACCAAACGCUUAGCUCGACCAAUCAAAGACCUUGAUGAUGUCAGGAAUGCAAUGGGUGCUUUAGAGGACCUCAGGCAAAAUGAGAUACGUAUUGAUAUGAUACUUGGUCCAAUAGAGGAAGCAUACAACAUGCUACAGAAGUUCCAAGUGAAUGUUGCCAAAGAAGAAGCAGAUAGAGUAGACACACUGCGAUAUUCCUACCAGAAACUCACUCGUCAAGCUGACAAGACUCAGACCACUUUGGUGAAGAUUCAACCCAAGUUUAAAGCGGACCUGUUGGAGUCUGUGGAAGUCUUUGCUCAUACUUCACAAGCCUACUUUGAUGACUAUGAUACCGGUGGACCAAUGGUUGAUGGAAUUUCACCACAAGAAGCAAGUGAUAGACUCCAAGUUUACCAGACUCGGUUUGAUGAGUUAUGGCGUAAGUACACUACUUACUCAGCUGGAGAGCAGCUAUUUGGGUUGUCUGUAACUGACUAUCCAACUCUAGCAAAGACUAAGAAGGAACUGAAUCUACUACAGAAGCUGUAUGGUCUUUAUAACUCAGUCAUUGAUGGAGUCAAUGGUUACUAUGAUAUCCUAUGGACUGAUGUGGAUAUUGAGAAGAUCAACAAUGAACUUCUGGACUUCCAAAACAGAUGUCGUAAAUUGCCAAAAGGGUUAAAGGAAUGGCCAGCCUUCCUUGAUCUAAAGCAGAAGAUUGAUGACUUCAAUGAGACUUGUCCUCUUCUAGAACUCAUGGCUAAUAAAGCUAUGAAAGAGCGGCAUUGGGAACGAAUAGCUACUGUAACUGGUCAUGAGUUUGAUAUUGAAUCGGAUACGUUCAGCUUACGUAAUAUCAUGGAGGCUCCUCUACUACCGCAUAAAGAAGACAUAGAGGACAUCUGUAUCUCGGCUGUGAAAGAGAAGGACAUUGAGGCUAAGCUGGCUCAGGUUGUGAUUGAAUGGAACUCUCAGCAGCUAUUCUUUGUUAACUUCAAGACGCGUGGAGAACUCUUACUAAAAGGUGCUGAGACAAUGGAAACAGUUGCCCUAAUGGAGGACAGUCUUAUGGUGCUUGGAUCUCUACUCAGUAACAGAUACAAUGCACCGUUCAAGAAAGACAUUCAGUUGUGGGUUCAGAAGUUAUCUAAUUCUUCUGACAUCAUUGAGAAUUGGUUGACAGUGCAGAACCUGUGGGUCUACUUGGAAGCUGUCUUUGUAGGCGGGGAUAUCGCUAAACAGCUGCCACAGGAAGCCAAGAGAUUUGGAAAUAUUGACAAGUCAUGGGUGAAGAUAAUGCAACGUGCUCAUGAGAAUGAUAAUGUUGUACGAUGCUGUGUUGGUGACGAGACUCUGGGACAACUCUUGCCUCACUUAUUGGAACAGCUGGAAAUUUGCCAGAAGUCACUCACUGGUUACCUAGAGAAGAAGCGUCUUGUAUUCCCUCGAUUCUUCUUUGUAUCGGAUCCAGCAUUGCUUGAGAUACUUGGGCAAGCUAGUGACUCUCAUACCAUCCAGGCUCAUCUUCUGGGUGUCUUUGAGAAUGUGAAUGAGGUUGAGUUUCAUGAGAAAGAUUAUGACCGCAUCAUUGCUUGCAUCUCAAGGGAAGGAGAGACAGUGGCUUUGGACCAGCCAGUGAUUGCUAAAGGCAAUGUAGAGAUGUGGUUAGGAGAGUUAUUGGUGUUACAGCAGAAGUCUUUACACUCAGUCAUCAGGGAUGCCAAUAGAGUCAUCAAUGACUCCUCAUUUGAACUACUUGGAUUCCUCAAUAACUUCAUUGCACAGGUUGGUCUAUUAGGUAUUCAGAUGCUAUGGACUCGUGAUGCAGAGGAGGCAUUGACUAUGGCCAAGUCAGAUAAGAAGAUUAUGCCAACUACUAAUGUCAAGUUUCUGGAGCUCCUGAAUAAACUGAUUGAACAGACUACACAUGACUUGACUAAGAUAGAGAGGAUUAAAUAUGAGACACUGGUUACCAUUCAUGUACAUCAGAGAGAUAUCUUCAAUGAUCUGACUAUCAUGCACAUCAGAUCGCCUACUGACUUUGAGUGGUUGAAGCAAGCUAGAUUCUACUUCAAGGAGGAAACUGAUCAAUGUAUUGUAUCUAUCACUGAUGUGGACUUCAUUUAUCAGAAUGAGUUCCUAGGAUGUACUGAUAGAUUGGUAAUCACUCCCCUUACUGACAGAUGUUACAUCACUUUAGCCCAGGCACUUGGCAUGAGCAUGGGAGGUGCCCCAGCUGGUCCUGCUGGUACUGGCAAAACAGAGACCACCAAAGACAUGGGUAAAGCACUUGGCAAAUAUGUAGUGGUUUUCAACUGCUCUGAUCAGAUGGAUUACAGAGGCCUCGGUAGAAUCUACAAAGGUUUGGCCCAGUCAGGUAGUUGGGGCUGUUUUGAUGAAUUCAAUCGUAUAGAGCUUCCAGUACUGUCAGUGGCUGCUCAACAGAUUGCUAUAGUCUUGAUUGCUAAGAAGGAAAGGAAGACAGAGUUUAUCUUCUCUGAUGGGGAUAUUGUGGCUCUCAAUCCAGAGUUUGGUCUCUUCUUAACAAUGAACCCUGGCUAUGCUGGGAGGCAAGAGCUACCUGAGAAUUUGAAGAUUCAGUUCCGUAGUGUAGCCAUGAUGGUUCCAGAUAGACAGAUCAUCAUGAGAGUCAAGCUAGCUAGCUGUGGAUUCCAGGAAAAUGUUCUACUUGCACAGAAGUUUUACACUCUCUAUAAACUGUGUGAGGAACAACUUACCAAACAGGUUCACUAUGACUUUGGUUUAAGGAACAUCCUGUCAGUGCUUCGUACUUUAGGAGCCAAUAAGAGAGCCAGACCUGAAGACAGUGAAUCAACCAUUGUCAUGAGAGUGCUCAGAGACAUGAAUCUAUCCAAACUGGUGGAUGAAGAUGAGCCUCUAUUCCUGAGUCUGAUUAGUGAUUUAUUCCCAGGUAUCCAGCUUGAUAAUGCUACCUAUGAGGAACUACAAGUUGCUGUGGCUGCUCAAGUAGAAGCCUCAGGAGUUAUCAAUCACCCUGCAUGGAAUCUUAAAGUAGUCCAGUUGUAUGAGACUCAACGUGUACGUCAUGGCAUGAUGACAUUAGGACCUAGUGGUGCAGGUAAGAGUAUCUGUAUCCAUGUCUUAAUGAAAGCAAUGGGAGAUUGUGGAGCACCCCAUAAGGAGAUGAGAAUGAAUCCAAAGGCAAUUACUGCACCUCAGAUGUUUGGUCGAUUGGAUGUCUCCACUAAUGAUUGGACUGAUGGUAUCUUCUCUACACUAUGGAGAAAGACACUCAAAGCAAAGAAAGGUGAGCAUAUCUGGAUUGUACUGGAUGGACCCGUGGAUGCUAUCUGGAUUGAGAAUCUGAACAGUGUAUUGGAUGACAACAGGACAUUGACUCUAGCUAAUGGUGAUCGUAUACCAAUGUCACCCAACUGCAAGAUUGUCUUUGAAGUUCAUAACAUUGAUAAUGCAUCACCAGCCACAGUAUCUAGGAAUGGUAUGGUGUAUAUGAGUAGCUCAGCACUAGACUGGAGACCAAUCUUAGAGGGUUGGCUACGAACUCAAUCACCAGCUGAAGCUUCAAUACUAAGAGAUCUUUAUGCCAAGAUAUUUGAUGAUUUAUAUCGCUUUGUAUCACUCAAUCUCAGCACUAAGAUGGACAUACUAGAAUGUAACUACAUUAGACAGUCAGUAGAUCUCUUAGACGGAAUGAUACCUGUCAAGGAUGAGCAUGAUCACAGUAUUCUACCAGCUACUUACCUGGAGAAACUCUUCAUCUUUGCUCUGAUGUGGAGUCUUGGUGCUCUACUAGAGUUAGAUGACAGGGUCAAGAUGGAGGAGUUCAUGUUGGGCCAUGAGAGUAAACUCAACUACCCUCAGAUAGAGCAAGAGAGUGGACAUACUAUCUUUGAAUUUGUCGUCAACAGUCAAGGCCAGUGGGAGCAUUGGUCUGUCAGGGUUCAGGAGUAUAUCUACCCUAGUGAUUCGGUGCCAGUCUAUACAUCUAUCCUUGUACCUAAUGUGGACAACGUAAGAAGUAACUUCCUUAUUGAUACCAUCUGCAAACAGAACAAGGCGGUACUAUUGAUUGGUGAACAAGGCACGGCAAAGACUGUCAUGAUUAAAGGUUACAUGGCCAAGUAUAAUCCAGAUGUUCAUAUGAGUAAAAGCUUCAACUUCUCUUCUGCUACAACUCCCAUGAUGUUUCAGCGAACCAUUGAAAGCUAUGUUGACAAGCGUAUGGGAAGUACAUUUGGACCUCCAGCAGGACGUAAGAUGACAACAUUUGUGGAUGAUAUCAAUAUGCCAAUCAUCAAUGAAUGGGGGGACCAGGUAACCAAUGAGAUAGUACGACAGAUGAUGGAGAUGAAAGGAAUGUAUAGUCUAGAGAAACCAGGAGACUUUACUAACAUAGUUGAUGUUCAGUUCAUAGCAGCAAUGAUCCAACCUGGAGGUGGUCGUAAUGACAUACCAGAGAGACUCAAAAGACAAUUCUCUAUCUUCAAUUGCACACUGCCUUCAAAUGCAUCCAUUGAUAAGAUCUUUGGUAUCAUAGGCAGUGGGUAUUUCUGCCCAUCUCGUUUCAAUGAGGAUGUAGUUGAGAUAGUGCAGAAGCUAGUAUCAGUCACCAGGAGUGUCUGGCAAGCUACCAAGGUGAAAAUGUUGCCCACUCCAGCCAAGUUUCAUUAUAUCUUCAAUCUACGUGACUUGUCUCGUAUAUGGGAAGGCAUGUUACAUAUAGCAGGAGAUGAAUGCCAAGAUGUGACAACAUUACUGGCUCUAUGGCAUCAUGAGUGCACUAGAGUCAUUGCUGACAGAUUUACCAAUGGUGAAGAUAAGCAAUGGUUUGAGUUAGCCAUCCGACGAGUAGCCAAAGAACAGCUUGAUGAGUCUGUAGCUAAACUGAUUCCUGAUGAGCCAUACUUUGUAGAUUUCCUGCGGGAUCCACCGGAACCUACUGGAGAUGAACCCGAUGAUGCAGUUCUUGAGGCUCCCAAGAUAUAUGAAUUGAUACCAGGCCUAGACUUUCUAGCUGAGAAGCUUCAACAGUACAUGUCCAUGUACAAUGACACAGUACGAGGAGCUCAUAUGGAUCUAGUGUUCUUCAACGAUGCAAUGACGCAUCUUAUCAAGAUAUCUCGUGUGAUCCGUACUCCAGUAGGCAAUACAUUGCUUGUAGGUGUGGGAGGCUCUGGUAAACAGAGUCUUACUAGACUAGCUACAUUCAUAGCUGGAUACAAGAUCUUUCAGAUCACACUCACAAGGUCGUACAAUGCCAGUAAUUUGAUGGAUGAUUUGAAGUAUCUGUACCGAGUAGCAGGUAGUCAAGGCCAAGGUAUCACAUUCAUCUUCACUGAUAAUGAGAUCAAAGAUGAAGCCUUCUUGGAAUAUCUCAACAAUGUCUUAUCAUCAGGAGAGGUAUCCAAUCUGUUUGCUCGUGAUGAGUUAGAUGAAAUCACUCAAGAGUUAAUUUCCGUCAUGAAGAAGGAGUUUCCACGCAGACCACCAACCAAUGAUAAUCUCUAUGAGUACUUCAUUUCAAGAGCUCGUAAUAACCUUCAUGUUGUCCUGUGCUUCUCCCCUGUGGGAGAGAAAUUUCGUAACCGCUCAUUAAAGUUUCCUGGGUUGAUCUCAGGUUGCACCAUGGAUUGGUUUACAAGAUGGCCCAAGGAUGCUCUGGUUGCUGUAUCUAAUCAUUUCUUGUCUAAGUUUGAGAUUAUGUGUCCAGCUGAGACUAAGCAGCAACUUGUACACACUAUGGGAGAGUUCCAUGAUGGUGUGGCUGAAACAUGUACAGACUACUUCCAAAGAUACCGACGUCAGACCCAUGUGACUCCCAAGUCUUACCUGUCCUUCAUUGAUGGUUAUAAGACCAUUUAUCUGGAGAAGUAUUCAACUAUUUCAGAGUUAGCACGCAGAAUGAAUACAGGUCUUGAUAAACUCAUUGAAGCCAGUGAGUCUGUGUCUCAACUAUCUAAGGAUCUUGUCGUCAAAGAAAAGGAACUGGCUGUUGCAUCAAUUAAAGCAGAAAAGGUGUUAGCUGAGGUGACUGUGUCUGCCCAGGCUGCAGAGAAGGUGAAGACUGGAGUGCAGAAAGUCAAAGACAAAGCCCAGGCUAUAGUAGAUGAGAUAGAAGCAGACAAGACAAUAGCAGAAACUAAAUUAGAGGCUGCUAAACCAGCAUUGGAAGAGGCUGAGAAUGCAUUGAACACCAUUAAACCAGCUCAUAUAUCUACUGUCAGGAAACUGGCUAAACCACCACAUCUCAUCAUGCGUAUUAUGGAUUGUGUCUUGCUUCUCUUUCAAAAGAGAUUAGAUUCAUUGUCUUUGGAUCCAGAGCGACCUUCUCCUAAGCCAUCUUGGAGUGAAUCCCUCAAGGUGAUGAGUGGUUCAGGCUUUCUGUCCAAUCUUCAAUCGUUUCCUAAAGAUUCUAUCACAGAGGAAACUGUGGAACUUCUUGCUCCUUAUCUUGAUAUGGAAGACUAUAAUCUAGCGUCUGCUAAGAAGGUGUGUGGUGAUGUGGCUGGUCUGUGCUCAUGGACUCAAGCUAUGGCAAGCUUCUUUAGCAUCAAUAAAGAAGUAUUGCCACUCAAGGCUAACUUGACUGUACAGGCAGCGCGUCUUACCAUUGCCAACAAUGAAUUAUCUACGGCUCAAGCCAUACUUGAUGAGAAGCAGAGAGAGUUAGAUGAAGUACAAGCAAAGUUUGAUGCUGCAAUGAAAGAGAAACAGGACCUAUUGGAUGAUGCUGAGUCUUGUAAGAAGAAGAUGUUAGCAGCGUCUGCAUUGAUCAAUGGACUUGGAGGAGAGAAAGUCAGAUGGACUGAACAGAGCAAAGAGUUUAAGGAUCAGAUAAACAGGCUUGUUGGUGACGUCCUUCUAGCCACAGGUUUCUUAUCCUACUCAGGACCAUUCAAUCAAGUAUUUCGGUUUAAUAUGAAUGAGGAUUGGAUGAGUCAACUGACUUCAAGAAAGAUCCCGUUCACUAAGAAUCUCAAUAUCACCAACAUGCUGGUCGAUACAACCACAAUUGGAGAGUGGAAUCUACAGGGUCUACCCAAUGAUGAUCUAUCUGUACAGAAUGGAAUCAUUGUAACGAAAGCUACUCGCUACCCACUACUCAUUGAUCCUCAGGGACAAGGCAAAACAUGGAUCAAGAAUAAAGAAAAAGAAAAUGGUUUACAGGCGACAUCACUGAACCACAAGUAUUUCCGGACUCAUCUUGAAGACAGUUUGUCUCUUGGUCGUCCAUUGCUUAUUGAGGAUAUAGGAGAAGAUCUGGACCCAGCAUUAGAUAAUGUACUAGAGAAAAACUUCAUCAAAUCUGGCUCUACAUUCAAGGUGAAAGUUGGUGACAAGGAAGUAGACGUGAUGAAAGGUUUCACUCUGUAUGUGACUACAAAGUUAGCAAACCCAACAUACACACCAGAGGUGUCUGCUCGUACGUCCAUCAUUGAUUUCACUGUAACAAUGAAAGGAUUGGAAGAUCAACUCUUGGGCCGUGUCAUCCUAAUAGAAAAACAGGAACUGGAAGCAGAGCGUACUAAGCUGAUGGAAGAUGUGACCGCUAACAAGAGAAAGAUGAAAGAAUUAGAAGACAACCUGCUUUUCAGACUCACUAGCACACAGGGUUCCCUAGUAGAGGAUGAAUCAUUGAUCUUAGUACUAGCUACUACCAAAGAGACUGCUGAAGAAGUGUCUGAGAAGCUAGUAGUUGCUGCUGAUACAGAGAUCAAGAUUAAUGAUGCAAGAGAAGAAUUCAGACCAGUUGCAUCAAGAGGCAGCAUCCUGUAUUUCUUAAUCACUGAGAUGAGUAUGGUGAACAUCAUGUACCAGACAUCUCUCAAGCAGUUUCUUGGUGUCUUUGAUUUGUCAAUGGCAAGAUCUGAAAAGUCUCCAAUUCCAGCCAAGAGAAUCUCCAACAUCAUUGAGUUUCUGACAUUUGAAGUAUUCAAGUAUUCCUGUCGUGGUUUAUAUGAGAACCAUAAGUUCCUCUUCACCUUACUAUUGGCUCUGAAGAUUGAUCAACAAAUGGGAAAUGUCAGCCACAAUGAGUUCCAAACACUCAUCAAAGGCGGUGCUGCAUUAGACUUGAAAGCUGUCCAACCAAAGCCAUAUAAAUGGAUAUCUGACAUGACAUGGUUAAAUCUGGUUCAUCUCAGCAAACUGCCACAGUUUCAAGAAGUCCUCAAUCAGAUCCAACGCAGUGAGAAAUCUUGGAAGGUGUGGUUUGAUAAAGAUGCUCCUGAGGAAGAAGUGAUCCCUGAUGGAUACAACACUCUAGAAACAUUCAAGAAACUCCUAUUGGUUAGGAGCUGGUGUACAGACAGAGUCAUUCCUCAAGCUCGUAAAUACAUCGCUAACUCAAUGGGUGCUAGAUAUGCAGACCCAGUCAUCUUAGAUUUAGAGAAGACAUGGGAAGAAGGGGAUAUCAGAACACCUCUUAUCUGUUUCUUGUCUAUGGGUAGUGAUCCUACAAACCAGAUAGAAGGACUGGGCAAGAAACUUAAAGUGGAAUGUCGAGCUAUAUCCAUGGGACAAGGACAGGAGGUUCAUGCAAGGAGGCUUGUAGCACAGUCUAUGGCUUCGGGAGGCUGGGUUUUGCUUCAAAAUUGUCAUCUUGGUCUAGACUUUCUGGAUGAGCUGCUAGACACUGUAACUACUCAUGAACCGGUACAUGAAGCAUUCCGUGUAUGGAUUACUACAGAGGAGCAUCCACAGUUCCCUAUCAGUCUACUACAGUCAUCUAUCAAGUUCACUAAUGAGCCACCUCAGGGAGUCAAGGCGGGAUUGAAACGAACCUUUGCUGCUAUUACACAAGAUCAACUGGAUAUCAAUAACCAAGUACAGUGGAAACCAAUGCUGUAUGCCGUUGCAUUCCUUCAUACAACUGUACAGGAACGUCGUAAGUUUGGACCUCUAGGAUGGAACAUCCCGUAUGAGUUCAACUCUGCAGAUCAGACUGCCAGUGUGCAGUUUAUACAGAAUCAUCUAGAUGAUAUGGAUUCAAAGAAGGGUGUAUCUUGGAACACUGUUCGUUACAUGCUUGGUGAAGUACAGUAUGGAGGCAGAGUGACUGAUGACUAUGAUAAGAGGCUCCUCAAUACCUUUGCUAAGGUGUGGUUUGGAGAGCAUAUGUUUUUAGAAAGCUUCAGUUUCUACACAGGAUACACAAUUCCUAAGUGUAAAACAUUGCAGGAAUAUCAUGACUUCAUUGCCAAACUGCCAUUGACUGAUACACCAGAGGUAUUUGGUCUUCAUCCCAAUGCAGACAUCACGUAUCAGAGCAACACCGGUACUGAAGUACUGAACACCAUUCUGAACAUCCAACCUAAAGAUGUAGGAGGAGGCGGUGGUGAGACUAGAGAGACUGUAGUCUAUAAGAUGGCUGAGGAUAUGUUGAGUAAACUACCACCAGACUAUAAAUCUCAUGAGGUAAGAGCACGUCUUGUUAAGAUGGGAGCUUUGUCAUCAAUGAAUAUCUUCCUAAGACAAGAGAUAGAUCGUAUGCAGCGUGUGAUUAGCCUAGUACGUACUACCUUGACUGACCUCAAGCUAGCUAUAGAGGGCACUAUUAUCAUGAGUGAGAAUCUACGAGAUGCCUUAGAUAACAUGUAUGAUGCUAGAGUACCUGGCCUAUGGAGGAAGGUGUCAUGGGAAUCCUCUACAUUAGGAUUCUGGUUUACUGAGUUACUAGAGCGGAACGCACAGUUUGCUGCUUGGUGCUUUGAAGGUAGACCAACUGUCUUCUGGAUGACAGGAUUCUUCAAUCCUCAAGGUUUUUUGACAGCUAUGCGUCAAGAAGUGACGAGAGCCCAUAAGGGUUGGGCUUUGGAUUCAGUGACUCUACAUAAUGAAGUACUAAAAGUAUUCAAAGAAGAAAUCUCGUCUUCUCCCUCGGAGGGAGUAUACAUCCAAGGUUUAUACUUGGAUGGAGCCAGCUGGGACCGGAAAGGAUGUAAACUGAUUGAUCCUACACCAAAGGUAUUAUUCAACAAUCUUCCAGUUAUUCACAUGUUUGCCAUCAAUUCAACUGCUCCUAAAGAUCCUCGCUUGUAUCAGUGUCCAGUGUACAAGAAACCUCAACGUACAGACUUGACGUAUAUUACACCUGUAUGGUUAAAGACUACACAGAGUCCAGAUCACUGGAUCCUAAGAGGUGUGGCUUUACUCUGUGACAUUAAAUAGAUAACUGCUCUAGCAGUAAACUCACUCACUUGUAGGCCUACACCCACAUUGAGACAUGCUAAGGUCUUUAGUGACUUAGUUGAGAUUACCUACAUUGUAAUACUAUGCAUAACUAUGAAUAAGAAAUCAAUUGUGCAUUGCUUGUACUGUGAUUCCAUAGACUUAUGAGAAAUGCUGAUAUUUGCUAACAAUUCUCUUGACAAAUAAGAUCUAAAAGUUAAACUCAUUGUUUGUUUUUCUUUAUGGCCGACUCGAUUGUUAAAGAUGUUGCUUUUUUAAUAUUGUUAAUUUCAAGCGUUUUGAAAUAUUUGAGAACUGUUUGAGAAUUACUGUUUUUAUUCUAUUUGGAUGUUCAGGAUUGUUAAUUGUUAUAUGUUAUGUUUUUAAGAGGAGUCCAAGCUUUCAUAUUAAUCCUAGUGCACCCAAGGCUGAAGUAUAGCAAUGAUGAUAGAAUGUUCCACACUCAUACAACUAGUUACACAAAAUAUUGACUGAAGUAUUAGGCUGAUGAUCAGUUUAUUAUUAUCACAAUUACAACAACACUUAAUAUGAACCUGUUUUAAAUGUGUUCAAGCAUCAAUUGAUAAUAAUACAGUGUAGUUUCAAAAUAUGUGACUGGUUAAAACAAAAUUGCCAAGUACCGGUACUAGGAAAAUCAUUCAGCUUUUGUAAAGCAUGUUGAAAGUAGAAAGCAUUGUUUUCAAAGCUCAGAUGCUCUAUAAGUUGUUUUCUCCGCCUAGUAUUUGGAAGCACACUUGUGUUUAAAACAAGGUCAGAGUUGGAAUGAUUUUUAAAGCAGCUUUUGCCUGAAUACUAUUUCAAACAGCUUAGUUGUGUUAAAUAAUUAAUACAAAAAAACCACCUUCUUAAAAUGAAUAAAUUCUGAUAAUCAAAUCGCAAUUGACUAAUCAGCAUGUGAUGUUACUCCAACAAUAUAAAGGAAAUUGUUAAAAUUGAGUAAACUCUGACAAUUGUUGUCUUAAAUUCGUGUUUUACAAAUAUGAUGAAGUAUCCUAGAUACAACACAUGUAUUAGUUAUAAGCUCAUCCUUGAUUUGACAAUAAAAACAAAUAACCAAUUCAAAUAAGAACCACACAUAAUAACUUGAUCCUUUGAAUAAACAAUACCCUGAAAUAAAACUGAAUUCUUUAAAUCUGCUCGUGCAACCAGAAUAAUUUGAUUAUAGGCUACAGUGUAUAUUUUCUAUCAUGAUACACAUUGAGUCAAAGUAAAUAUGCAUUAAUAAUUAAGUACAUUAGUUGGCAAUCACUAGAGGGCAAUCACUAUAUGCACUAAGGGGUAUGUAGUAUAGCUCCAGCAAUGGUCAUUCUGUAUGAAUACAACAAACCAACAAGUUGCAAAAGGUAGUUUCAUUUCAACAACAAUUUGUCAAACGGUUCUUUUUAAUUUUGUUUGCUGUCGUUAAAUAUUUGAGUUACUGUCAAAUUAUUUGAAUUUUGAUUGUACACUGUAAGCCGAAAAGUUGAAAAUAAACAAAGAAAUGUGUACAUUUCAAAUAAUAACUUGGAGUUUUUCCUUUGCUUACCCAUGAUCUACUAGAGUUAUACAUUCAUGAUUCGACGCCACCCAGAAGUUAUUCCAGCUAGUUCUAAAUUUAUAAUAAGCCAUUACACGUUUACAGUUAAAAAUAAAACAUUUAACGAAAAUGUUUCAAUCUAAACAAUUGCCUAAAUAUUAUUUCAAACAGCUUGUUUGUGUUAAAUGAUUAAUACAAGAAAACUCCUUCUUAAAGGAACAUUACAGAAUUGGUUUUGCUAGCAAAAAAGUUGCUGGCAGUGUAAGCAAUUUAUGUAAUCC